AUGGCCGACUCAAGCAGUUUCUACCAAGGAGAAGCAUUAUACAAGGUUGAGAGAAACCCAACAUCUCAUGAGAUUCAGUCAAAUAAACCUUGCAAGGACGACAGCCCAGCUCAGUGUUCAUGCUGCAACCCAAGCGGAUGGCGCCGUGCAGUCAAGAUCCUCGUUCUUGUUGCAGUGCUUUUUGCAGUUCUAGCUGGAGUAAUAGUAGGCAUUGUCCUUGGAACGAGGGAUACUCGAUAUCCAGAUUAUUUACCUCUUGACUAUUUCCUGGUGGACGAGUACCACCCAUCCUCCUUUGAUCACUUCUGGCACUUCACAGACGAGGACCCUACCUAUGGAUUCGUCGAGUAUGUCAAUCGUAAACAAGCAGAGUCCCUCAGCUUGAUACAUUCUACAGAUUCAUCUGUAAGCAUAAGAGUCGACAACAAAACCCGCUACGCACCCCGAGGCAGAAAGUCCGUACGACUCGAGUCUAAGAAAGGCUACGACACGGGCCUAUUCAUCUUUGACAUCAUCCACACACCCUACGGCUGUGGAACCUGGCCCGCCCUAUGGCUAGCGGACACAUACAACUGGCCACUCAACGGCGAAAUCGACGUGCUCGAAACAACAAACCGAGCUACAGAAGGCAACGUGGUCACCCUGCACACCGACAAGGGCUGCAGCGUCAAGGGAAGACGGAAGCAGCUGGGCAGCGCGCAGUACUCGGCCUGCGACGAUAGGCACGGGAACGCGGGCUGUGCUGUCCAGGCUCGCCCGGCGACGUAUGGCGAGGAGUUCAACGAGAAUGGCGGUGGUGUGUACGCGGUUGAACUCCGAGAAGCAGGAAUCAGAGUCUGGGUUUUCCCUCGCGGUUCCAUCCCAGACGACAUCUCAAAUUCGGAGCGCAGGCCUGACCCGUCCACUUGGGGGACGGCUCUGGUUGACUUCCCCAGCACACACUGCGACAUCGCGUCUCACUUUAGCAACCAGAGCAUCAUCGUCAACAUUGAUCUGUGCGGCGAGAUGGGGGCCCAACAGGAGGACUACAACGAUCUGUAUGAUUGUCCGGCAACAUGUGAGGAGUUUGUCGCUCGCAACCCGCAGAAUUUCUCGCAGGCUUAUUGGGAGUUUCGCAGUUUUCGGAUCUAUCAGACGAUGUGA